CUACGACUUUCUCGAAGACCCUUAGGGCGGCGUUCUUAGAGGUGUAAUGGGUGAGGAGUUGAUCUUCUUAUGCAAUGCUUAAUACUCAAGCCGAGGUGUUUACGGUGUUUACCCCUGCGUCUCUGAAAGUGAUUUUUGAACCGACGAACAUACAAGCCUCGUCUCAAACGACGAAUCAAUAUGCAUUAGCGAUCCGACAACACAAGCAGGUGGAUUACGCCACCCCCCUAAAAACAUCAACUCACUACCGCAUCUCUACCACAUGAGGCAACCCCGCGAGGAGCAAUGUAAACGCACAGACGGUGACCUUACUCGGGCGUCGCCAAAAAACGGCCCAGCCAAAACAUCUUAAAUCCUUCUUUCUACACCGCUGCAUUUACGUUCCUUACCUCCCUGAAACUAUGUCCUCGACCCUCUCCCUCUCCUCGCUCACUCAAUACGUCUUUCUGGCCUCGAUUGCUUACGUUCUUGCCGGCGCGCCUUUGCUGUCCCUUUUCUACGGUACGCGAGCCUCGCAUCCUAGCGACGCUAGCGCAGGGCACCACGGUGCUAGGCUGGAUGGCUUGGUAUUCCCGGAGGAGAAUCUGAGGUGUGGGGAGCAUGCGUAUCGGGGGGUUUACGUGCUGAGACGGGAUCCUCUGGUAGUUUACAUUGAGGGAUUCUUGAGCGCAGAGGAGGCGGGGCAUGUUGUUGGGUUGAGCGAACCGCUCUUCACGCCCUCAACGACUUGGACCGGCCACGCAGAAUACCUGAAUAAGACUAUCCGUAACAGCGAAAAGGCACCGCUGCCGCGUGAUGAUGUGGUGAAGUGCAUCGAGGACCGCGCGCGCCGCUUCCAGGGCUGGCGGCCGUGGAUGUUCAUUGAGAAGCUGUGGACGCAGAGAUACGGCGCGGGCGGGCACUACACGUACCACUACGACUGGAGCACGGGGACGCAGAAGAGCGGGCGGGUGAGCAGUUUCAUGGUCUAUGUAGCUGCGAACUGCACGGGAGGGGGGACGCAUUUCCCGCGCUUGGAGAGACCGAGGGGGCGCGAGUGGUGUCGGUUUAUCGAGUGUGAAGAGGAGAUGGAUGGUGUGGAGGAACAGGGGGUUGCGGGGACUAAUGCGACAUCUCAAAGUGGGAAGAGCGAGGGGAAAGAGGUGGAUUUGAGACAGGGCGUGAUCUUUAAGCCGGUGGCGAGGAAUGCGGUGUUCUGGGAGAAUAUGCGGAGUGAUGGGACCGGGUACCUGGAGAGCUGGCAUGCGGGGUUGCCGGUUAAGAGUGGGGUGAAGGUUGGAUUGAACGUUUGGAGUUGGUUCCAGGAGGGGUUUGUGCCACCUGUCGAAGAGCAAGGGCGAGUAGGUGGAGGGGAAUAAGGUGGAAAGUGAACAAUCAAAUAUAUGGAUGACUAUCUAAAGAGAACCAUGUCGGAUUCUAACAGUAAUGAAUCGGAUGUUCAUACUUCUAGCUUCUCGAGGGCGAGGUGAUUGCUGGAACAAUGCAGGAGGAUUCGAGGGUUUGCGGAUCCAAAGCAUAUGGCCCUUAUCAUGCGCAAAGAAGGUGCAAGGGACAUGGACAACAGUACCACUCGAAUCACACCAGCAGCAACAUGGAAAGUCUG